GCACUGCAUACUACCAUUGUUCACAGCACCCGAUAUGUCUCAAAUUUCAAUCCUCCUAGUACCCGGCUCCUUCAGCCUCCCGGAGUUCUACGACACCGUCGUCAAUGCCGUCUCCGCCCAAGGUCACGAGAUGCGAACCCUGCACCUCCUCAGCGCGGGCCUCGAGACCGGGAAAGGCAGGCCGGGCCCGCACACGCCCACGAUGGCCGACGACGCGGCCAUGAUCGCCGGCGAAAUCGAGAAGCUAGCGCAAGCCGGCAAGGCGGUCAUACUCGUCGCCCACUCCUACGGCGGCGUCCCUGCCACCGAGAGCACGCUGGGCCUGCGGCUCGAAGAGCGCCUGAGGGAGGGCAAGACGGGCGGCGUGGCCCGCCUCGCGUACAUGACCGCCCUGGUGCCCGAGGUCGGAGCGUCCGCGGCCGAGGUGCUCGCGGACGUCCCGCCUGAGAACAGGGACGAGCUCACUGUCGAUGAGUCUGGGUGGAUGUUUCGCACUGAUAGCGCCGUGGCUGCGGCCGCCCGUCAUUCGUUCUCGGACAUCCCCCCGGACGAAGGCGAGGCUUGGGUCCGGAGGUUCCCGCGGCACUCGGCGGUGAGCUUUCAGGGCCCGCUGACGCAUGCUGGGUAUACUGAGGUCCCGGUCUCGUAUCUCUUGUGUGAGGGAGACGUGACGAUUCCAUCGAAGAAUCAGAGGGCAGGUAUUGAGACGGUCGAAAAGGCGAGUGGGAGGCGUGUAGAUGUCACUAGCACUAAGGCUGGCCAUUGUCCUAUCGUCAGUGACCCGGAAGCCGUAGUUCACUGGGUGAUGGAUUUGGUAAGAAAGACGGAAAUCUCGCUGCAGUAG